GUAGGAGUUAUUUUCGUGGUUGUACCACGUGACCUGGCUGUCAAAUAUGGCCCCCUCCUUCUGGGUGUGAGAGAAACGACAACUGACAAAGGAAGGGAAUCCAAGAAGGACUGCAGCGACUCCCUUAACCCCGCGCCUUCGUCCAGAUAACACUGCACCUAUGUGACAUUCUUAGCAAGUAAAAAGUGGCUGCCAAAUGAUGAAGUAUGCCUUACAGAGGAAGUGACAAGAGAAGGCCUUCAUUGGUGCAGACCAUCUGUUCAGAUCAACCCUCCUCCCUUGCUGCGAGCCUCCACCCUGCAGCCAUGCUGACCAACCCAGUGUUCGUGGAGUCCUGUGUAGUUCUAGCUGUGGUGCUGUGCGUCCACAUGGUGGUCUGGAACCAGCACUCCUGGUGCACCAUAGCCCUCUUCAUCCAGGCUUUCUACGUACAACACAAAUGGGACCGUCUGCUCAGGGCGGGGGGUGCCGUUUUCCAGUUCCGUCCUGCAGCGAACAGCGGCAUCGUCCCGGGCUCCAUGGUGAUGCCUUUACUGGGCCUGGUGCUGAAAGAAAAGUGCUCUGCCUCAGGGAAUGUCUACUUUGAGCGCUUCUUCAUGGUGGUCACCAUCACAGGCAUGAUGCUGGCUCUGUUUCUCUCAUUGAUUGCGCUGGGCAUCACAAGACCCGUACCCACCAACACUUGUGUGAUCGCAGGCAUGGCCAGCAGUGCUAUUCUCUACACGACAAAACAGACGCUGACGGUGUCUGAGGUCAUCGAGGUCUUAGAGGUGCUGUUGAUCUUCGUUUAUCUCAGCCUGAUUGUGCUUUACCUGCUGCCACGCUGCUUCACACCUGGAGAGGCGCUUCUCGUUGUUGGUGGAAUCAGUUUCAUCGUCAACCAGCUCAUCAAGCGCUCCCUGAACCUGGCAGAUGUCAAAGGUGAUCCAGUGAACUAUUUCCUGCCGGUCAUAGUGGUGGGCUCGCUGUUGCUGGGUGUUUUCUUUGCCCUGCUCUUCUGCUUCAUGGAGUCUGAGACCUGGGUGUCAUCACUUUUCUUUCACAUGAUGACAGCCGUUCUGGGUCUGGGAAUCCUCAUGCCGUGGCUCUCCCUGUUCAUCGGCCGGCACCCUAUCAUGUGGCUGUUGGACUUUAUCACGUUAAAUGAUAGAAGACUUUGUCUGCUGGGGUACUGGGUGUUUCUGGCUGUUGUGGCCACUUGUGUUGUGUUACACCAGAACUACCAGCGCCAGUCAGGGUCCAAGAAGCACCAGGCCUCGACUGUUGUCAGGAAGUACUUCCAUCUGAUUGUAGUGGCCACAUAUGUUCCGGGACUGAUAUACGACAGGCAGCUGCUUCACGUGGCAUCUGUGGGUUGCUUGGCAAUUUUCUUGUUCCUGGAGUAUGUGCGUUAUUUUCGGAUUAGGCCUCUGGGUCAGCUGCUCAGGCAGCUGCUUACCUUGUUUCUGGAUGAGCGGGACUCUGGGCCUCUCAUCCUGACCCACGUUUACCUGCUGAUAGGCAUGUCCCUGCCCAUAUGGCUGUUCCCCGGGCCCUGCGCCCCCAAGGGGGUACUUCCUGGGGCAGGCGGGCUGGUACCUUAUGCAGGUGUGCUGGCCGUGGGGGUUGGAGACACCGUGGCGUCUGUGUUCGGUAGCACCAUGGGGGAGAUCCGUUGGCCCGGGACUAAGAAAACUAUGGAGGGUACCGCAACAUCUGUGUUCGCCCAGAUCAUCGCCGUGGCAAUGUUUCUCAUCUUUGAUGGGAGCAUUAAUCUAAACUCCACCUACUCAUGGAUUGUUGGCUCCAUCACUCUGGUGGCCAUGCUGGAAGCCUACACCUCCCAAAUAGACAACCUCCUACUCCCACUCUAUCUCUUCAUCCUGCUGUUGCUUUGACUGGACAGAUGGCACGAACAACAAGUCCAAGCACUGUCCUCAGCUCUUUCUAGGGGGAACAAAGAGUGAUACAUUUGGAAAUGUAAAAAAAUAUAGAUAGUAGACAUAACAGAAGUCCCUUUUUAAGAAUCAGCGGACUGAUCAGCACAAGAAAAUAAUAUUUAAAAGCUGACAGAUUAAUCAAGUCAGGUAAUUAUGUCAACCAAUCAGUGGGUACAAAAACAUCUGCUACUUGUGUGGCAGCAGACGUGAAGUUAUCAUGACCUUCGAGUCUGUGGCCCUACGGUCACACGUCAGUAUCAGUUGCUUUGAGGAGGAAUUAGACCAUCGAUUCAGAAUAAAUUCCGAAGAGAUGUGAGUAAGAGUUGCUAGAUAUUCUUUGAGCUCCGUCUGCAGUGACAGCGCCGGUGUGUGGUUUCUUUGCAUGUCUCCACUCUGACCGCGAGGCUCUCUCGGCCACUGACACCAACAACUCCUGAAUUAUGCAACAGGAGAUUAGCAAAGUGGAAACUUGUCCUUUAUACACUUCUGGACUAUACGUGGCACAUUUUGAUCACUAAUGGGAAGGUUUUCCUAUCUUGUCCCUUUUUAUUGCAAAUGGAUACACACAUUUGUAUUGCCUUUUGAAGAACAUUAUUUAAAGUUACCUAACUGAUAUGUCUUUUUUUCUUAAUCAAGAUUUUUGUUAUUCGAUUAUUUUGCCUACCCGAUGGCAAUAUGAAGGACUUACUGCUGAAAAUAUUUGCCUUAAGAAAUAUAUUUUCUAACACACAUGACCUACUAUUGUAGAUUCUUUAGAUGAAAGCAUGACAUCCCCUCUCUACUCUUCUUUAUAAGGGCUGAUUUUAUACUUCAGUAUGGCAGAAACUCACUACGCUCUUGCAUGACACUAAUGUGAAACUUGAUACUGUAACAUGUACACAGGUAUCCUACAGUAUACUUUUUUUUAAGGUUUGAUGGGACCCUUUAAAGGUACACUUAACAUAUACAUUUCCCUGCAUAUUUGUGGACACUGUAGAGAUAUAGCUUGGGCCAAAAUGAUCAACAUGGGUCCUUUCCAUAUAAGUAUAGUUCUUUACAACAAUUUAGGAUUCUAAUUUAAAAUAUAUAUUUCUACAGUUAAUACCCUGAAACUUGCUUACAGCAUGAAUUAAUUAAGUCUUAUGGUUUAUGUUCAUCUCUAAAAGUUAUUUGGUGUUUUUUUUAUGUUGUAACAAUUUAUUUUUAUUAGCAUGAUCCUACUAGUAUGUUGUUUUUGCCAUCACCCUUACAUUUAAAAAAUGUAAUAUUGCAUG